CGUGUUUUCCGGCUCGUUCUUUCACUGGGGAACUGCUGUGUGAGCUGGAGCUGUUUCGUUGCGUCUGUAUUUAAAGCACACAAUUUCCCCGAAUUCUGUGCAGGACAUCCUUUCUUAAGGAUUGGUUACAAGUUGGUGAAUCUCAGUUGCUGUGGGAAGAAGUAAGUCUGCUAAGUAUUAGUUUAUUAUUAUUUUAAAAAGUUGUUGCAGGCUGUUCAGCGAGGUUGAGUCUUUGUGACUCUUGCCUUUCCUUUAAUGUCUGCUAGAGAGAUUUGAGGUGGUUUGAGGCCUACUGGGAUCCCCUUCCCAGUUUGGUUAUGUAAUCUUCAAACAUUUGUAGUGUAUAAUUAUGUGUGAAUUGAUCAUACGAUAAGAUGUUACAGUUUUCUUCUUUCUUUUACAGUGAAAAAACUUUGGCUUUGCUGAGAUGUUGGAUCACAAAUAGUUCUAGGAUGGACAUGACAGAAAUGGUUAUUGAAGUGAAUGGGCUCCCAGACAACUACCGAGAAGAUGCUAUGAUUGACAAAUUAACUAUACAUUUUCUGAGGCGCUGUAACAAAGGAGGAGAUGUUUUAACAGUGAUUUAUCCCACUUCCAACAAGGGCCAGGCUUAUGUAGUCUUUGAAUCAGAAGAGGUUUCUGGAGUCUUGGAACACACACAUGUUUUGCAAGUGGAGAGUCAGUUUUACCCACUGGUUGUUAAGCAGGUGGACCAGCCUCUGCUGGACAUGCCGGCCGAAACAUUUCUCGAUAUGAACCUGUUCUCCAGCCACAAGAAGAUUGGAGAACUUCUUUAUAACCAUGGCUUUCGGGUGACACCAAACAGAUCAGGGCAGCUGCAUUUACAGGGUUCCUUUCUCAAGCUACAACUCAUCUAUCCAAAACUGAUGCAGAUUCUUGCAGAAGAAACCCACUCUCAAAGGACACCUCAUUACACUAAUGGCUACUCAGACUCUGCCUCCAGAGCUGGCUCAAGUGACUAUGAAUAUAAAUCCAGAUACAAUGUCUCAUCAAGAAACAGUCCCAAUAAUGGCAGCUCAGUGUAUGCUAUGUCCAGAGGCACAUCUUCAGGAGUGAAGUCCCCAAACAAGAUGGCAUUUUUGCAGACUUCCUCAGUUCACAAUGGAAGCUCCAGCACAGAUAGUUCUUUAAACAGUCCCUCCAGGAACUAUAAAGAUUCACCCAUAAGCGUUCAGCGCUUGUCUCCCAGGAAAACAGAGGAUUCCUUCCAUGCAGAUCCAGAUGUGAUGGAAUACAUAAUGCAUUUCAAGGAAGAUUCUGUCGAAAAAAUACAGUCAAAUUACCACACUCGUAUUAGUUAUGAUUCAGUUGUUGAUUCAGAGGUUGUUAUGGUUAAACUCUCUAGAGGAGACUGUGAGGAAGCAGCAAAAGAAUUGCGUGAAUUGAUAGAAAACUUCAGGUCUUCUCUAUGCACACAAGAAAUAGAUCUGAAUGAACUGGAUGACAGUCAUAAAAAAGAGAUUAUCCAGAAAGCAAAUUUAGUCCAAAAGAUCUACCAAGUUUUAAUUAGGCAGAAAGGUAGCAUUAUUAAAGUGGUAGGGUCAUCGCAAAACAGUUAUGAAGCAAAGCAAAGGCUUCUUAGAGAGAAGGUUGAAAUUGGACCAGCAAAACCAAUGGAGAAGAACUUUUUGCGACGCAGCAGUUCUUUGACAAGAAAAAACACAAGGCAGAGAAUGGAGAAUCUUGAACUUGAACGUCCUGUUGCUGUGAACGCUACUACUGUGAGUAGCUCUUCUUCCUCACGUUUUCAAAAGGACUCUGAGUUGCAGCUAGAAGUACCACAGGAAAGAGGUCGAACACCUAAAUCCACGACACAACGCGGACGCUCACAGAGCGCCACUCGAUCAAAACACAAAUCUCAAGGUAAUCAAGUAAACCGAGAGCCGUCAAAUUAUGAUCAGCAGGAUUCAAAACCAUCUAAUGAAGCCAAGAAAUCUAACCCAAUACCUAAACUCUUAGCUGCUCUUCGACCUGAAACAAAUACAAAAAAUCAUCUAAAAAUUUUCAAAAACACUAAAUAUAAUAAAUAAGACGUACAUUGAUGACGACUUCAUUUUACAGGCAAUAUUUAUUUGUUGUCUUAAUUUGUAAUGUUGCUGUGGCAAAGUUACAAAGCUCAAAUAUCAACUCCAAAGUGAGGUAUUCCUUUUAAAAGAAAACCGUUUUGUGGCUUGUUUGGACGCCAAUGCUUAUUUUUUUUGGAUUUGUGAAUUCCAAAAGCCCUUCAUUUGAUAAUUUUAGCUAACCAAACACACAAAAGAGGAAGGACUUGGUUAAUCUAACAGUCUUUUAGGUUUUAGACAUGUGUUGGUAUCAUGUUUAAUUGCUUUUUUCACACUGGAUUCAGAAGCAGAUUGGUAGCAAUGCAAAAAUGUACAUAUACCAAACAAAAACAGCAUGUGUAACAUCUGUCACACACAGUUGCUCUGCAGCUUGUGUAAUAGUCAGUCUGUUCUAUCACCUUUUCAUUACGUUUUGAAUACUCUGUUUUGAUGCAGUCUUGUUUCCCUUCCAAUGACCAACACAUAGACCUAUAUACUGUAGAACAGGCAUGUCCAAACUCGGUCCUGGAGGGCCGGUGUCCUGCAAAGUUUAGUCCCAACCCCAAUCAGACACACCUGAGCUAGCUAAUCAAGCUCUUACUAGACUUUCUAGAAACAUCCUUGCAGGUGUGUUGAGGCAAGUUGGAGCUAAAAUCUGCAGGACACCGGCCCUCCAGAACCGAGUUUGGACACCCCUGCUGUAGAAAGAUCUCUGUGAUCUCCAUGAUUAAUUUUACAUGAUCAUAAUAAUCUUAAAGUUAAGGUAUACAGUUGAAGUCAGAAUUAUUAGUCCCCCUGAAUUAUUAACCCCCCUGUUUAUUUUUUCCCCCCAAUUUCUGUUUAAUGGAGAGAUUUUUUUCAACACAUUUCUAAACAUAAUAGUUUUAAUAACUAAUUUCUAAUAACUGAUUUAUUUUAUCUUUGCCAUGAUGACAGUAAAUAAUUUCUAUACAGCUUAAAGUAACAUUUAAAGGCUUAACUCGGUUAACUAGGUUAACUAGGCAGGUUAGGGUAAUUAGGCAAGUUAUUAAGCUUAAAUUGGUUUAAAGGGGCUAAUAAUUGUUUAAAAACAUUUUUUUUAUGUUUUUAAAAAUUAAAACUGCUUUUAUUCUAGCUGAAAUAAGACUUUCUCCAGAAUAAAAAAUAUUAUUAGACAUGUUGUGAAAAUUUCCUUGCUUUGUUAAACAUCAUUUGGGAAAUAUUUAAAAAAGGGGAAAAAAACAAAGGGGGCCUAAUAAUUCUGACUUCAACUGUACCUCUAGUUUCAAUCAUUCAGACAUGCCAUUUAGGUUAAGCCAAAAACCAUAAUUAGCACACUAAGCCAGCUAACCAAACAGAGCACAUUUAGUUUUUUGGAAAGUGGGCAUUCAUAAAAACUGGAACUAAAUGUAUUUGAGUAUUUGAGGCACACUGACAGGAGAGGUACUACAAUAUUGUUGAAAAAUAAUGCAUUUUUGAAACAGCCAACCAUUGAAAUCCAUUCCAGUGCACCCCAAAAACAAAAUCAAAACUUUUUAAAAAUACUUAAAAGGAUACUUAACCCAAAAAUGAAGGUUUUGUCUUCAUUUACUCACUUCUUUUUUUUUCUUGAACACAAAAGAAUAAUAAUUUUGGAAAG